AUGUCAGGAAGCGGUGAACAACCUCGAAGGGUAUUUGAAGGAAGGACUACUGUAGUGAACGAAGUUUUACCUCAACCACAAAACGAUCUUGAAAUUAUUGAUGAUGCGAACGCAGAUCUUGUGCCGAGUCCUGCGUCAAUAUUUCCCCGAAACAUUUACAGAAUUUAUGAUGAAGUGAAUCAGGAGCCUUCAGUGGUUACCAAAACUUUUGUUGAUUAUGAAGAUAGUGUGGAACAGGAUCAACAUGGAAAUAAGAAAGAACGUGUCGAACCGCCUCCUGCAGGACCUGCAGAGAUACUUUUCAUACCAGUGUAUAGUAGCAGAUCUACAACUUUUGAACCGCGCAUGCAAGAACCUCUCAAAAAUACUCAGCAACAAGCAAUAUCGGCAACGAAUCGAACAAGAAGUCCCACAAUAGCACAAACUUUACCCUCAGUGCCUUCUACGUUCGUAACAACACUACUUUCGGCAAUUGACAAUCUUGUCGAAGAUGAUUCCGAUUGGGAAAAUCCAGGAGAAAGAACAACUGCGAAAACAAUAGAACUAAAGAAGAAAUCUUAUGGCGUUCUUGGACCAAGAGUUUUGCCUCAUAAGAAGGAAGAUAACGUGAACGAAGCAAAACAACGUAGCGGUCCUCUCCGAAGUCACAUAGUUGACUCUGAUGGAAGACAAACUCUGAUCAUGAACCAAAGGCAACAAGGUAACAGAGGAAAACAACAACGACUUCCUUUAUCAACAUCCAGGUAA